CAAUGUCAAUUGCUAAAUAUAUAGUUUUCAUGUUGGGGAUUAUUUAUCACAGAACUACAUCAAUAAGGUUUUCACGGGAUAUUCUGGCUAUAGGCAUUCCUUAUUACAAAAUCUCAAUGACUUUAGGAUCUUGUAAACGAAGUAUACUUUUUAUGGAGGAAAAGGUAUGGCCAACGGUGAGACUUAAUCGAGUAAUUGAUAUUUAUUACAAAAGCAGUAAUAGUGAAAUAAAAGUUUCCCAAGUAAACAUUUACUUGAUAACGAACAACACCGAUUGUAUUGCUUUCUCUGACGUCGGAGUAGGAUUAUCAGAAUUUAAAGCGACAAUGUUUUAUGCGACCAACACAUGUGCUACGUACUAUAGGCUGACAAUAUUUACAUGCGAUAAGUGAUUGUUUUAAAUAGCCGCCAGUUACAUACUUCCGUUUGGUAUCGAUAUUUCAUUAAAGUUGCCAUUU